CUCCCGCUAGGAAUCACUCACUUUCCUUUCCUUUCCUUUCCUUUCCUUUCCUUUCCUACUUGUGCUCCAUUCACUUGCACAUGGAUGGACGCAUUUUAUUCUUCAGAAACGUGAAAACAGCGAGCUGUGAAUCAAAAGGAAAAGCCCUGUUAAACCAAGAAGCUUUACGUCAAGAUAUAUGAUUUGAAAGAAAUCAUUUGGCUGAAAAGUGCUGCUGAGCCUCGGGGGAGUGAGUCUUUUUGUUGCUGUUGGCGCCGUCCGUCCGUCCGUCCCUUUCAUUCAUGGGAAACAUGAUAAUAGUCGUUCCGUCAUCGCACUUUUCGGACUAAAGCUGCGAUGUGGACCCAAUCGGCGCUAAGGCAAAAGAACCUGACGCAGACAGUGAAAUCUAAACUCGUCUCGCCAUCCGACGGGUGGUCGUCGAACGGACGCCACAGCAGGAGCAAGCUGAAGUGAGGGGCCUUGGACUUGGACGACAUCUGGAGGACGACGAUACAGUGCCUGAACUGGCUCACAUUCAUCCCAGAGAGAGACCUGACUGGGAAGAGACAAUUAGUGCCAUGGCAAGAAGCGCCGAGUUCCCCGAGAUGCGGAGCGAGCCGCUCGUGCGCUCGUCGUGCGGCAGCAGCACAGCCAGCAUGAAGGUCAAGAAUGUGAAGAAACUUUGCUUUACCAAGGGCCACUUUCCCAAACUGGCAGAAUGUGCUCAUUUCCAUUAUGAAAAUGUGGACUUUGGCACGAUACAGUUGUCUCUUGGCGAUGAACAGAGUGAAGUUACGCGCAACAGCCAAGAGUCCAAGGAGCUUGUGUACUUGGUUCAUAUUUCCUGCCAGGGUCGAAGCUGGAUUGUGAAGCGUAGCUAUGAGGAUUUCCGUGUGUUGGACAAGCACCUGCACCUUUGCAUAUACGACCGUCGUUUCUCCCAGCUGCCUGAGCUGCCAAGAUUUGACACUUUGACUGAUCAAGCAGAGUCUGUUUCCCAGAUGUUGUUGGGUUACCUCUCCCGGCUUUCAGCCAUUGCUGACAACAAGAUCAACUGUGGGCCCGCCCUCACGUGGAUGGAGGUUGACAAUAAAGGUAAUCAUCUUUUGGUACACGAAGAGUCAUCCAUCAACGUGCCGGCAAUCGCAGCUGCCCAUGUGAUCAAGCGCUACAUUGCGCAGGCUUCAGACGAGCUGUCCUUUGAGGUUGGUGACAUUGUUUCAGUCAUUGACAUGCCUCCGAAAGAAGACACCACAUGGUGGAGGGGGAAGCACGGCUUUCAGGUUGGCUACUUUCCCAGUGAGUGCGUGGAGCUCAUAAACGAUAAAGUGCCACAGUCCAUGAGCAACUCGGUGCCAAAGCCAGCGUCCCCGUGCUCUGGCCUGCCGCCCGCCUCAUGGAGUCUCUUCCCUCCCUAUUUGGAGAUGGAGAGUGUAAUACAGGACAAUGCAUGGGUGGCCGACCCGCUUAACCACUACAGCCUAAGUUCAGUGUCGAAGAAGCAUGGCAAGCUGAUCACCUUCUUGCGUUCCUUCAUGAAGUCCAGGCCCACCAAGCAGAAGCUGAAGCAGAGGGGCAUCCUCCGGGAGAGGGUGUUUGGCUGCGACCUGGGCGAGCACCUCCUCAACUCUGGACAUGAUGUUCCCCAGGUACUCAAGAGCUGCACCGAGUUCAUCGAGAAGCACGGUGUGGUGGAUGGUAUCUACCGCCUCUCUGGAAUUGCCUCCAAUAUCCAGAAAUUGCGACACGAGUUUGACUCUGAGCAAAUCCCCGACCUGACCAAAGAUGUUUACGUACAGGACAUCCACUGUGUUGGUUCGCUGUGCAAGCUCUACUUCAGAGAACUGCCCAACCCCUUGCUCACCUAUCAGCUGUAUGAAAAAUUCUCUGAGGCUGUCUCAGCAGCAACAGACGAAGAGCGACUUAUUAAAAUCCAUGACGUCAUCCAACAACUUCCUCCUCCACAUUACAGAACGCUCGAGUUUCUCAUGAGACACCUUUCCCGUCUGGCGGCAUUCAGCUACAUCACCAACAUGCACAGUAAGAACCUGGCCAUUGUCUGGGCCCCCAACCUGCUGAGAUCAAAACAGAUUGAAUCGGCAUGCUUCAGUGGCACGGCGGCCUUCAUGGAAGUCCGAAUCCAGUCAGUUGUGGUUGAGUUCAUUCUCAAUCAUGUGGAUGUUCUCUUCAGCACCAAACUUAGCUCACUCAUUCGCGAGGGAGCAGGUCAUAACUCAUUGUCACGACCCAAGUCCCUGCUGGUUUCAUCACCCUCAACCAAACUUCUAAGUUUGGAGGAGGCUCAGGCUAGAACUCAGGCUCAGAUUAACUCUCCAGUCACUGAAGAUAGCAAAUACAUUGAGGUUGGAGAAGGUCCUGCUGCCCUACAGGGCAAGUUCCACACGGUCAUUGAGUUUCCCACAGAGAGGAAGAGACCUCCUGUUAAAUCAAAGAAAUCUCCUGUGGGUAGUUGGCGUUCUUUCUUCAACUUGGGCAAGUCUUCCUCUAUGUCCAAACGCAAGCUGCAACGCAACCCCAGUGAGCCCAACGAACUAAAGGCCAUGGCUCUAGCUGGAGGUCGAGGAGAUACAGCGACAUUAAGAUCUGCUAAAAGUGAAGAGUCACUAAGUUCUCUGCAUAAUGUUGAAGGAGAGUCCAAGGUGUACCGUCCCCGGAGACCCCGAUCGAGCAGCGACGCCCUUUCAGCCUCAUUCAACGGCGACUUGUCGGACGGCCGACAGCACUGCAACUCGUUCGACAACCUCGGCGCCGCAGAGGACAGCGACGGAGAUGACGGCCCCAUCUGCGUACCUGCUCUGAUCUCGCCUCCGCGCUCAGCCGGCGAAGACGUGGACCUCAGCCCACCAGACAUCGGCAUGGCCUCCUUGGACUUUGACCCCAUGUCUUUCCAGUGCAGCAGCAGCAGCAGCCUCCCCGACGCCGCUUACGCAUUCCCCCCGGUUGAUCGGCACGCGGGAGCGGAAGGCUCCACUUUAAAGAGGAGGGGCCCUGGCAGCCUCUGGGGAAAGACCAAUGGAUCUGACCUUAUGCCUUCCUCCUUCCUUGACAACUUGACAUCAUCCUUGUUGCCCUCAGAUUUGAACCCGGCUGCAGUCGAGAAAGCGGAAAGCCAAAAACUCACCGCGUACGCUGAUAAACCCACACAAGCCGUGUCCCCCAUUAGAAGUGUCAGGACCGCCACUUUGGAGAUAUUUCCCAUGGAGAUGCCUGAAAGGACUCCCGCUGAAGCGGUGGGACCUCCAGAACCUUUUUCUCCCAAAGACUCUCCUCUUUGUCUAAAAGCUGAGCCGUCUCGAAAUGAAGCUUUCCAAAUGGAGCUCCAGUCCAAGUUGGCCAGCGUGGAUGGUGAAGCGCUAAAGCCAGAGGACAGCGUUCAACUGGUGUCACGUGAAAGCCACGAGCAACAAGAUUCAAAGGAUCUCACCAGCACACAUUCCCUGGGCACUCCGGCAAAUGCCCCCCCUCCUCCUAAGGAUGCCACCCUCACGCUGGCGCUGGUUCUUGCUGAGUCAGCACAUCACAUACAGUCCCAGCCUCGGUCUGGCGAGACCCCGACGCCACGUGUUUCUGACGGCCGUGCAUCAUCGGGUCCGCGUUUCCAGACUUCCAAUGGAGAGGGAAGUGAGACAAUUAGCAACGUGUCAGUCACCGCCGUCCGAUGCAUUCCCUCUUCUUCAAGUCCGUCGAAAGAACAGCAGGUGCUUGAGUUAACCAGCGUGACAACCAGGCCGCCGGAAAGUGCCACGGGCUCGACGACUCUUCUCGAAAACCCCCCUGAAAUGGACUCUAUUCCUUCAGAGACACGUCAUAAAAAGGUCAUCCCUCAAAGCACAGCCAACCUGAAUUCUCCAACUAGGAUGGCGGAAAGUCAGUCCUUGGUGGCACAUGACUCGGUGUGUACCAAUAGUAAAGUUGGCACCAGUGGGAGCAGCGCAGCCAUUAGCAACAGCAAAGACACCAGAGGCUUACGACAACAUCUUGCUGAAGUGAAGCCAAAGGAAGACGCCAAGCUCACAAGUGUUGCGAAAUCCUCCUCCUCCUCCUCAUCAGAGCAGCAGCCUCCAGCAGCUCCGAAAGCCAAAAAGUCGUCGGUGUUGUCACCGACACAAAAUCAGCGCCAGCAGCAGCAGCAGUCCCACAUGCAAAUUCAAAGUCAGCCACUAUCAAAGGCUCAUUCAACAGCGACACCAAUCUCUUCUGAGCGCGUGGAUCGGCCUUAUGAAGUCCUAAAUCCAACACAACCCUGCUGCCUAGAGUCGGCGGCUAAAAAGGAGCCCGCCGGAUCCACACCUCCAGCCCCUCCGGUCCGCACCAUGGAGAGCAAGCUAGCCACAGCUGCACUCAGUCAAGGUGAAGCCUCUUACCAUCCUUCCGAGGCCCUUCAUCACCAUCCCGUUUCUCCUCGUCAAUCUUCCGCACGUCCCUACCACGCCAAAAGUGAAGCAUUUCUAAUGGAGCCUCAAGGAGUGGUGUACUACCACCAGAGACCCGUUUCAAUGGGUCCGCAUCCCGUGCCCCACCACUACAGACCCAACAGCAUCCCCUCGCACCUCCCCUAUGCGUCAAAGUCCGAACCUCAGAUACCUUACAGUGCCCGAGUAGACAAUAAAUACAGCACUUUAGGCCCAAGGUCCUACCACCACCAUUCUAUGAAGGCCAGAGGAAACCCCCGCAGUGUUUACGGCGCCGCCGCCGGCCAUUCGGGUUACAGCCUCGACCGAAACCACGGCUAUCCCACAAUUCGCAGAGUGCACUCGCUCCACGUUCCCGCCACCAUCCGCACCGUACCCAUCCAAAGGACGGAAGUUCCUCCCGAUGACAUGUUCUAUUACCAUCGACCCGUGUAUCAGUGCAAACCCUACCAACAAGCCCCGCAGCAGUCCUCGCAGCAGGCCGACUAUCACGUGACUCAACUGCAGCCUUAUUUUGAGAACGGCCGAGUCCAGUACCGCUACAGUCCGUCUUCCGGGGAGGGGCCUUAUUACGAUCUGGACCCUCACGGCACCAACCGUGGCCGCCGCGUCCACUCGGCCUGUCCAGAUUCCGGGAGCGUUGUCUGCAGAGCCGGCGGAAAGGCUACAGGGUACCACUACCUCGCUCGCAACCUUCUCCCACCUGGAAAGGAGCACAGCUUUGUGAGCAGGGAUAUGCCACCUGGGCACGGCAUGAAGGAAGUUCCUUCUUACCUUUCUUGGGACCCCGAAGAGUGGGAAUGUUUGCGCAUGCAGUCUAUCCGCAGAGAAAGUCGGGCCAGGCAGAAGAUGAAAGGUCCGGUGCUCUCGCAGUACGACAACGUCGGCUCGCUGGCGUUAUCGGACGUCGCUGGCUACGACACCCUGCACUCGCGCAGCAAGUCCGAUCCAGGUAAGGCUUUGUCGAGUACAACCGAGAGCAAAGACGGUCGCCAUCUGCCCAGACACAUGGUCUCGGACCCCGACGUCCUCAAAUGUUUGGAGAGCGACAAGCAAGGUGCUCCGACGCGAGACAGGUCAGACGGGGGGCCGGCCAAGCAAAGCGGCUCCAAGAAAUGCCAAUCGUCUCAUUCCGUUGCCGCCGCGCAUCAGCAGGAGAGCGGGCAACAUGAAGCCAAACUCCUCAAGGCUUCGGCUGAAAAGCUUAGCGAAGGCGGCGGCCGCUCCAAACCCUGGCAGCCGGAACACACAAACAAGAGGAGCUUCCAGACACGCUACGAGUGCCACGAUGCUGAGCGCCACCACAGCAAAGGGAAAAUGACAAGCAGCUAUCACGCUCCGCCGGAAGAUCAUCAUCCCAAAGAGCAGCUGGCCCGCUGCAAAGCUGAUCGAUCGCAGCACGAAGCGGAUGGAGACUACUCGUAUCGCAAACCGGUGCAAUCCCACUACGACAAUUUGGACGAUUACCACCCAGUACCUCAGGCCCAGGGCCCCCCCGUUGAGAAGCGCAGCGGCUGUAACUCCUAUCCGCCGCACAACAACAACAACAGCAGCAGCAGAGCGUCGUCGUAUUCCACAGCAUUAGGCCAGGGAGCCUUCCUCCAGAGUGAGCUGGCUAUCCAGAGGCCAGAAACACAAAUAUGUACGGAAUAAUUGAAAAGAUUGGUUGAUCAGCCUCUGCAGGACAGUGGACUGUUGUACCGCCUAUAUUUUUUGCUCUUCUGUAUUUUGAACAAAUUGUAAAGGAAAAUAGAAGACUUUUUACAGAAAGUCCCGAAUGUACCAAGAGCCCAUUUUUGCUGUGUUCGUCAUAAUGUAUAACAUGAAAGAUGUGAGCUACUUUAAACAGGAACCACAAAUGUCUCUUAAGAUACAUAAAAUAAGAUAUUUUAUAGACACACACGCACACUAAUCUAUAGUUGAAGGGGAUGUAUUUUUUUUUAGAUGUGGCCACUGGCUUUGAGCAUAAAUGGGAACAAGUUUUGCAUUUUACAAAUGCAUGCACUCUCUUACAGAACACUUCUGUGUACUUCACUGUUCAUGACUUUCUUUAUUGCAGCACAAGGUCUGAGUGGAGCAUUGUGUUAUCAGCGUCACACCCAACCAAUAUGCACACAGGUAGGUAGGUAGGCAGUACACUGUGUCCAUGUUUGUCUUUGGAAAAUACAUCUUUGUGAACUUGACAAGAAUCUGUCAGUUCAUAUAGCAUGUCUUUUUGUCUUUUAUGUUCUUUGUGACUGUGCCAUUUUAUGUACAUUUACUCAAAUUUCUGAUGGAAUGUUUUGGUACUUCGUUAGAAGGAGGGGGGGGGGGGGGGGGGGACCAAGCAUAGCGGCGCAGUAAAAAGCAAAAGAGAUGGUCAAUUUUAGGUACAGAUGUGAAAGAGUUUUUACAUUUCAUUUCCCCAUUGCGUUUAUCUAUUUGUGAGACCUGUUCUAUCAUUAAUAAAAGUUGAGCAUUUGUUUUCCUCUAAAACAACAAACAUCCCACUUUGUAGAAUUGUUUUGGGGGGAGUUAUUUUACUGCUCUUGCCCAUAUUAUGCAAACCAUUUAUGUCGUUAAUUAUUGAAAUGUGUAUUUCAGGCUGAAAAGCUAUGUGUACACUCAUUUGGUACUACCCAGUGGAGUUCAAAACAAACGAGUUGUAUUCUGUAAUGGUUUUAUGCAGUAUAUCGCUUGCAAAUGUUGCUCCUCCUGCCUUACCUUAACUUAAGCCUCUUUCUUUCAAGUUGGGCCAGAAGUAAGGCACUGUGUACUUCAAUGUGAAAUACUUGUCUCUAACCAUUGGGUACUUUAAGUUUAGAUCUAAAAUAAAGAAAACUGUUGGGGAAUAGCACUUAA